UCCUGCCCUGGAAAAACACGCGUGCAGCUGUCUUUUAUUUGGACAGCUUGCAUUGCGGUUAAACGAGUGCUUUCAAACAGAUGUUAUAAGUAGCCAUUCGGCACCUUUUCCCGGUGUGGAGAAUGGCCGGCUGGAUUUCCACCUGCAGUGCAACUUUUCACGGCGAGGAGCCUUUGCACCUGAGAAGGGGGGGUGGAGGGAGACAGAAACCCGAAAGCCGGCAGUUCUGAAACGCAAAAGACGCAGAGGAUUUGGCUGUGCUGUUUGGGGCUCGAACAGGGGGAGGUACCCUUCCUGGUAAAGGAGUCGUUCCCGAAUUCCAAGCUCGGGAGGCGAAGCUCUGGCACGCGCUGAUCGAGAAACUCCGGCACUUGAGCCUCAUCAGCCUCCGCCCUACUCGUUCGCGGGAGGGGCAACGGGAACGGUAUUUAAGCAAGGCGCCUCAACUUGCACUGCUACUGGCCCACCAUCCACUGGUCCAACGCAAUCCAGGCCUAGAAGUUUGCCAGUUGCCUUUUUUCACCGCCGCCGCCCUCGCCGCCGUAAUGGCGGGUAUCACUAGGCCUCUGUCGGGGCAAGUGUGCGUGGUGACAGGGGCCUCCCGGGGCAUCGGGAAGGGCAUUGCACUGCAGCUGUCGGAGGCGGGCGCCACCGUGUACAUCACGGCCCGUCGUCUGGAGGCUUUGGAGAAAACGGCGGCCGAAGUACGAGGCCGAGGCGGGAAGUGCGUGCCGGUGGUGUGCGACUCUUCUCGGGAGGAAGAAGUGGCAGCUCUGUUCGACCGCGUGCGGCAAGAGCAGGCCGGCCGUCUGGACCUGUUGGUCAACAACGCCUUCUCCGGGGUGAGUGCCCUCUGUGAAGAGAUGGGCAUGCCCUUCUGGGAGGCCUCAACCUCCCUCUGGGACCAGGUCAACAACGCAGGCCUGAGAGGCCACUACAUCUGCUCAGUCUAUGCUGCCCGGCUCAUGGUGCCUGCUGGGCGCGGGCUCAUUGUCAUAAUCUCCUCCCCUGGUGGGCUGCGUUACAUGUUCGACGUUCCAUACGGGGUGGGCAAGGCUGCCUGCGACCGCCUGGCUGCAGACUGUGCCGUGGAGCUACGCCCUUUUAGUGUGGCCUGUGUGGCCCUAUGGCCUGGCCUAGUUCGCACCGAAACCGUGCAAAAGGAAGCCGAGCAAAACCCCGAGCCCAUCUUCCAGAUGAUGAAGAAGAAACUGGCCACCAUAGGAGAAACCACUGAAGUAAGCGGGAAGUGCAUAGUUGGCUUGGCCUCAGAUCCCCAUGUAAUGCGCCACAGUGGUAAGGUUCUCCUCAGUCCAGACCUUGCCCGCCUUUACCAGUUCAAGGAUGUGGACGGGAGGGAUGUCUUCAACUAUGUGUCACUACGAGAAGUCCUUACAGAACUGAUGCCCAAAUUGGCUGGCCUUCUCCGCCUCAUACCUGGAUUCAUCACCAUCCCUAAGUGGGUUCUAGCCCUCUAUGCUAGCAAGUUCUCUGUGUAUCCGCCCGUUAAGCCUGUUUACACAAAAUCAACCAAAAAAGCCUGAGAUGUACAUUGUACAGAGUUAUGGAUAUACCUUAACAUUAGAAUUUAGAAAUGUUACGUUGGUAUUUUCUUGGCUCCUGAAUUGUUUUAAUUCCUUUGUCAUCAUUGUUUGCAAUGAGAAGUAUUUCCAAAUUUGAUUUGGAAAUGUUUUUAGCAAGAGUUUCGGAAUUUGCCUCUCAUACUAAGGGCUUACUACAAGUACGAUUCCUAGAAUCCAAUCCUUCUGUCUGCACUAUUCUCCUUAGUUUGUCAGAAAGCUGUUAACAGUUUCCUUGUAAUUCUGUAUUCAGUUAUUAGUCCAGGUCCUGGGACUUUUGGAUGUAACUUUAGUCAUUCAUGUAUUUCAGAUGUGAUAGAACUAGCCAAGCUAGCUACUCUAUUAAAUAUAUUUGUUCUGGAAGAUUUUGUAGUAACUGUCUUGACUGUGAAACAGACCUUUUUCUUGGUAGCAUCGCUCCAUAUUUAUCAAGGAGGAAAUGCCUUUUGGAUCUAGAAGAUCACCCCAGUGCAAGAAGGGAGGAUUCAUUUUUGUGAUAUGAACAACACACACAAACUGCCCAGAUAACCUAGAGUCUACAACCCUAUGUAAUCUGAUGACAUAUUUGGGCAAAAAACCCUUACCAACUUCAUAAUCUCUUAAGCUCCAUUUAAAAAGCUGUGUGAUAUUUUACAAUUUAUUUAGAAGACAGAUCUAGGCUUGAGAGAAAAGAUGUGCUCUGGGAUAAUGAGUGCUUAACUCUUAUAACCUUGCACUUUCAAGCCUCAGCUCACUUCUACCAUUACUUUGCAAGGGUAAAAUAAGUUACACCAAAUCCAUCCAAACUAUGCAACCUCAGUUAAACUGUAGAUACAACACAGCUGUUCAGGUUUUAACCCUACCGAUGGCUAUGAUUUGAUUCUCAUAUUUUGCUUCCAAUUACAACAAUUAGACUAUCCAGGUUUUUUUUUUUAAUAACUGCAUUAGAAAACAUGGUAUGAAGUUGCUCAUAGCCAGUCCAGGGAAAUGAGGCUGGUAAAACUACCUAGGGUAUCUCUUUCCACCACCACCUGUUACGAGGCAGGGCCAUGGAUCCUACUAAACUACAAUUCCCACCCCCACCUAAGGGUAUGGCUGGUUAUGCUUUUCCAAGAGGUUUUGUGCGAAGAGUAACAAGGGCAGUAAUUAAGAUACAAAACUAAAGCUACGGCAUAAAUGUUCUGCAUAAAUGUUAUCUUGUUCUUUGGCAAAUUUCCCUCACCUACAGUGAAUCCCAUUGUUUGUUAGGAGCCUUAGUUUUCAGGGUCAGUUAGAGAUACACAUACACAACAUCACCAGACUUUUCUACCCCCCCUUGGCAGGAGGGGGAGAGAGGAAAAAGUCUUUUAAAAACCGAGGCUUGAAGGCAGAAAAAAAAGAAA